AUGAUCCUGCACCGCGACGUCUCGGCGGGCAACAUCCUGCUCGACGAGCGCGGCAACGGCUACCUCGCCGACGUGGGCCUCGCGCGCGCGGCAGAGGCGACGGCCGGCGGCAACCAGCAGGUCUCGCACUUGUCGACGCAGCGCCUGUUCGGCAAGCUAGGGUACAUGGACCCAAUCAUCUCGCAGAGCGGGCAGGCGUCAGUGCUGACCGACGGCUAUGCGCUCGGCAUCACGCUGCUCGUCGCCCUGACCGGCCGCGGCGCCGGGCUGUCGGCGGCGAAGCAGAGUGGCACGCCUCGCCGCUCGAGCCGCCGACAGCCCCCCUUCUGA